AUGGCCAACGACAGCAGCUAUGUCCUCUACCACUAUACGCCCAAUCUUCCAUGUGCAAUUCUGUUGGCCAUCCUUUUCGCAUUUACAACUGUCUUUCAUCUCUAUCAACGAAUCAAGGCACACUCAAAAUACUUCAACCCGUUCAUUGUGGGUGGUAUCUUUCAAAUUAUCGGAUACGGAGCCCGUGCUGGCUCUCAUUUCUUCAUGCACUCCACAAUUCUUUACGCAAUUCAAUCACUUCUGAUCCUAUUGGCGCCAACGCUGUACGCAGCAUCGAUAUAUAUGGUACUCGGUCGAAUCAUUUCCUUCCUUCACGGCGAACAUCUGAGUUAUAUCCCGGUCAAAUGGAUGACGAAAGUCUUUGUUGCUGGAGACAUUCUAUCAUUUAUUCUUCAGGCAGCUGGUGGUGGAAUUAUGACAAGUGGAUCUGAAAACACAAUCAAGAUCGGUCAAUGGGUGAUCGUAGCAGGUCUUUGCGUCCAGCUCGUGUUCUUCGGAGCAUUCGUAAUUACCUCUCUCGUCUUCCAUAUCAAAAUCAUUCGAUCGCCCACCAUCGAAAGCGAGAGGUUCAUGAAUAAGCAUGGCUCGAUUUGGCCGCGGGACUGGAGAGGUGUCUUGUUCGCAUGCUAUAGUGCUAGUUUGUUGAUCUUGAUUCGAUCGGUCUACCGUCUGGUAGAAUUCGUGCAAGGAAACCACGGGUAUGUCAUGAGCCACGAAGUUUUCCUGUAUGUGUUCGAUGCCGCGAUGAUGUUCUUGGUGAUGGGCGUGAUGAAUGUGUUCCAUCCCUCUUUUGUUCUGAACGAAAAAGCGGAGUCGCCGGUUUCUCAGCCUGAAAGGAAUUUUCAGUGGAAGUCAGAUGUCGAGAUGCAACAGCAUUCAUUUUCAUCUCCUCGGGAUUAG